AUGCCAACAGAGGUUGAUAAUCCAGAUGCAUUCCCUAUCCUCAUGGCAAGCUCGUCAGACUCCAGACCGCAAGGGGAUUGUAAUCAUGAGACCAGUACCCCAAUCGCAACCACGACGACGCCUGCGGUCUUAGACAGAACACCUUUCCACGAGCUUGCCUUCGCGCCCGUGACUGGGCUGGCCGAACCUGGUAUGCCGGCCAUGGAUCCGGGUAGCGAGCAGGGAUCAUCAAGUCUUCCAAACCCUACGGUCUCAGCAUCUAUUGUCCAGAGUGCUGAGCCAUCUCCCGGUCCAAGCAAGUCACUGGACGAAGACAAGCUUGCUGGCGAGCUGGGGCAUACCGGUACAGAAGAUAGGAUUGGUUUUGUGGAGAACGCUCAGGCGGAUGGUCAACAGCAAGGCCGACAACAUAAUGAGGGAGACAGCGACGAUGAAGAAGAAUUUAGCUCAAGCGGUGGCGUAACUGGUCUCGAUGACAGAACCUUUGAGGAAGAGCCCAUAGACGAAACUGAAGGACUAGACGAUGAAGAUUUGGCGGCAGCUAAACAGCUGCACGAGGAGAUGGAGAGUGGAGCUAAACGAAAUGAAGCCAUUACUUCGGUACAGGCGGCCUCCGAUGAAGCACCUCCGCUUACCGACAACUGCGAUGAUAACGAGCAGACAGGAACUAAAACGGAACAACCGGUUGAAAGGACUCUCAUGGAUGUGGAUCCGGUUAUAAUACCCUCAACUGCUGGAGACGGCUUUCAAGACGAGCAUGGUAAUGUGAUCGACACACCUAUGAGUGGUGUUCCGGAAAAUGGUGCUGAUAUGUUGGAGCUGAAAGUCUUGUCAGCAAAUUCUGGAGACGAUAUAACAAUGGGAGGUACAGAUAACGAAGAGGCUUCUGAUCGGGGCGGAGGAAAUGGUGAUGAACCUGAGGAAGAAGAUGGAGGAACUGGUGGGAACCGGCCUACUUCUGACAAAUCAUCUGGAGAUGGUGAAAAACUUGACGCCAAUAAACCAUCACCUGUAGCCCAUCCGUCGAUAUCGAUGGGUGACAUGGUAGGGUGUUCUUCGAGUGGAGAGGGCAUUCACGGUGAGAUCGUUCUCGACACCCAGAUCAGCAAUGACGUUCAUACCUCCGAUAACAAACUUGAAUCGAACGACCCGAAGAAUGAAGAUGGCGGCGAUGAUAGCAGCGAUUGUUCUGAGCCACAUGGACGUCUUCAGGCAUCCACGGUUGGUGGGACUACUUCAGCGGCACCAUUCUCCAACGCUGGCGGAGCCAUUGCUGCCGCUGCGGAUACUACCAUGAUGGAAAACGACGAAGACAGUGAAAUGAUUGAUGUAGCUAUCAUAGGCGAAGCCGAGAUGGGCAAUGCUGGUUGCAAUGCAUCUGCAUCAGCGCAAUUCAACACUACUGGAUUGCUGAAAGCGAUUCAAGCCUCUCAGAGUGCAGACAGUCAACCAAAUGAGGGUUUUACGACUCCAUCUGGUAUGGAGGGAGGGCAAGAUCAUAUCACUGACGAUGAUGAUGACUGGGACAGCAUCUACGCUAGUGCCAAUGGUCAUGUUUCCUCUCCCAACAUGCCGAGAUCUUCGACUGCGCAAGACCCUCCUAUCGAUCCGUCGGGUACAUACAGCCCAUUUUCGAAUGUAAGCUCCGGUGACUCAGACGGAAAUGUCUCUUCAUCUCAUCAGAUCGAUGACUUCGGAACUGAACAGCUUGCACAGAUUGAGGCCACGAAGAAAGAUAAACAGAUGCAAAUAGAUGUACAAAGAGAUCUUGGUUUGCCUUUGAAUGGAUACGUGCAACUACCAGGUAUCAGAAACCAGAGUCAUGAUGACAUUCGUAGAGCCGAUGACAAGCACGGAGAUCUUACCGCGGGGAUUAUGAGGAUCGAAUACAACAACCAUGACACCGACUAUCAACAGACACACGGUAUCGACCACGACUUUGAGACCUCACCAGAUACUUCCCCAGGUGAUGUUCAGCUCCCGACUGCCGUCGACGAUGAAACCAAUACCGAUACCGAUGGUCUCAAUUGGACGGACAUCAGGCCCAAAACGCGCCUGGUGCAGCUCUGGGAAGACAGACAGAUCGUCGACAACCCCGAUUACCCACCUCAUCGAUCCGCGGGCAUGAGGCCAUUAGAGACAACAUACGGGCAACCAUGCCAAAUCUUUCGAAAAGUCGACAUGGCAGCAUAUGAGUUUUUCGGCGAGAAUCACGAAAACUUCCAAUAUGCCCAAGAAGGGGUCGAUUGGUUCCAUCCUGAAGCCGAAGGUGCCGAGCCCCGAGACGAACUUGAAGGGGAAGUUGGGGAAGAGAACAAUAUUGCUGCAAAUGAAGUAGAAGGUCGCGUGGAUGACGAUCUCAGCGCAAGAGUCGCUGCUUCCAAAACUAGAUCCAAUGCCGCUUUCCGUUUCGACUACUCUGAUAGUGAAUCAACGUUGUCAGAUCCACCUGACAGCACCGACCUUGAUACGAUUGAAGCGAACUUGCUAAUGGAGGAAAUGGAUCGCAAGAUACCGGUAUUGAAGAAUGGAGGUAGAGAGCUUAUCGAUAACUCUGCGCCAGUCAGCGAAGAAGCUUACCCCAGUAAAAAGGGGAAUAGCGUUAGCGCAUCCUUACCUGAAGACGAUGGUACUGAAUCCGAUCUGAUAAUCACUGACGCGACAAGGGAAGAAGCGGCGAGAUUUGGCUGCACAACUGACAGUCAGAUUCUGGACUUUAUGGAGAGCAUCGAUCGACCAGAAAAGCGAGAGGGUGGUAGAUUUUUGACACCGAAGUCUCGGAAAGAUCGGAAAGGCAUUAGUACGGGAUCUUCCACGUCCUCAGCCGUCAUGUUCUCGCCUCUACAAGCUCCAGCCCAGCAAUCGAUGCCGAAAAAGCGCUACAACGGCCCAGUAUCUUUAAACUUCGAUGAAGGUGACGUCCAGCCUCGACUCAAACCAGCACCUCCUAUAACCAAAAAUCUUCUCGAAAAGAUGGCGGACUUCAACUCGGAUCCGGUAAAGCGGGCUGCAUUACAAGAUAUGGCAAACAAGUCCCUUCGCAUCGAAGUUCCAAGAUGCAUCAAAUUCGCCCCGAUUGCAGAAGCCAAAUUCCACUUCGCCAUCGUCCUAUCCCAGACCAUCGAUAUCAUCUAG